AUGGCGCUUCCAGCAGAUGGAUCCCCAAAGUUGGAGGGACUUCCAGACAAUGGUAAGGAACACGGUAAGGUGUGGUCAAAUGAAACCGACAUGGUUUCUGAAGACUACGGAAAGGGGUUGAGGUGUAGUUCACCUCCGCAGUCUGUGGACUGUGCUACCAGCUCCAGUGGUAGCAGUGCUAUCAGCUAUAGCGGUAGCUCUACUACUACCUCCAGUGAAGAUGAGGUAGGUAAUGCCUGUACUAUCAGCUCCAGUGGUAGCUCUACUACUAGCUCCAGUGGUAGCUCUACUACUAGCUCCAGCGGUAGCUCUACUACCAGCUCCAGUGAAGACGAGGCUAAUAAUGAAGACCAGGAUGACUUUAAUUCCAGACUUCGGGUUGUCCAGGUCCUUGCACCAAACAUUAAAUUCCUGUGGGGCAUAGGAGUGCUUGAACAGUCAUUGAAACUUCUCAAUUCGAAGCUUGAUCAGCUGAACUCCGCUGUGGACCGUGGCAGUGCUGCGUCGCUGCGCUCUGAGAUUCUUGAGAUUCUUCCCCCAAAUUUCAAAUACAUAAAAGACAUUGGGGUAGCUGAGAAGCCUGAAGAAGACACGGCUCCUUCUACUUCACUUGAAUUCACGUCUGGACUUGACAAACAGGAAGAGCCCAUUUUGCGUCCAGAGAACUCCAGACCUAUUGGUACCUCGCAACACCAUCAGGUAGGUUUGGAAGAGGACGGGGCUUCUUUGACUUCUGGCCGCGCCAGGAGCAUUAUACAGAAGGUGGAUGCUGCGAAGGAGGACAACCCACCAUUAAAGCUUAGUUCUGGUACAGUGCUUCCUUCCAGCUUUGACAAACCGGAAGAGCCCAUUUUGCGUCCAGAGGACUCCAUUCCUAUCAGUGCCUCGCCACAACCUCUGGCAGGUUGGAGAAAUUUAGUGACUUUUUGCCGCGCCAUUAGAAUUCCAAAGAAGGUGGUUGAUGCGAAAGAGGAUGACACACCAUCCAAGCCUAGCGAUCGGGUAGGUUCGAAAGAGGACGUGACUCAUGCGACAUCUGUGACUGGCAUAAACGGAAAGAGGACAAAGGACAGUGAUGCUGAAGAGCAGCCCCCAGGAAAGAGGACCAGGGACACUGUUGCUAAAGAGGAGCCCCCAGCCAAGAGGAGUAAGGACACUCUUGCUGAAAAGGAGCUCCCUGCCAAGAAGACCAGGGACAGUGUUACUGAAGUGAAACUCCCAGCCAAGAGGACCAGGAAUAGUGAUGAUGCUAGACAGGAGCCCUCUGCCAAGAAGACCAGGGAGAAUCAAACUGAAGAUGUGCUCCCCUCCAAGAGGACCAGGGACAGUGUUGCUGAAGAGGAGCCCCCAGCCAAGAGGACUAGAGACACUGUUGCUGAAGAGGAGCUCCCAGCCAAGACGGCACAGUAGUAUAAUGAAGAUCCCAUUUGGGACGAGGUCCUUCAAAGUAUCGGCAGAAGGAUGGCAUGGAGAUAUGGUAAAGAAUGGGAGGACGAGCCCAUUCCGUCAACCCCUCUGUUCAUUCCAUACCGAAAGACAGACCAUGAAGAUCCUAUUCUGUUAUCCCCUGUCCUCAGUCCCUCACCAAGGACAGCGUGUGGGGAUCCUGGUCUGUCAUCCCCUAUCCUCAGUCCCUCACCAAGGACAGCGUGUGGGGAUCCCGGUCUGUCAUCCCCCGUCCUCAGUCCCUCGUAUAGAAUGCCACGUAAACGUCCUGUUUUGUCAUCCCCUGUCCUCAGUCCCUCACGAGGGACGAUGCAAGAGGAUCUUUUUCUCUCAUCCCCUGACGUCAGUCCCUCACCAUCGACGCACUGUGAAGAUCCCGUUUUGUCACCCCGCGUUUUCAGUCCUUCACCAUCAACACACCGUGAAAAUCCAACUUUGUCAUCCCCUGACUUCCGUUUCCGGAUGGAGACUGAAAAGGACAUAGAAGAGGAACCGACACCUUCAACAUCUGGUGGAACUACAGCAAGAGCGAGUUCCAGACACGUGUGGUUUAGACCUCGCUACGUUUCAAGUGACUCUGAUUAGAUUGGGAUCCGUAAAAACUGAGGACCUAUGUGGGAAGUCACAUUAGGACAUAUCAUCAUUUCUCUGUUUUUUUUUUUUUUUGUUUUAUUAAAGCCAAUGGAUUUCUAGCAAGCCUGUGGAAGCCUUAGGUAGCGCCUUGCACCGGGGCUUUUCUUUAUCCCGCUGCUAGAUGUAGCAUUUUGGAUGUUGAGGAUUCUGGCAGGACUCGGGAAGCCUUAGGUAGCGCCUUGCACCGGAGUUUUCUUCGUCUUUGUGUCUUCCUCUCAUCUUCCCCAUGUUUCAGGGUGAAAUAGCGGUUCUUCCCCACGCGGUGCUCUCCGAUAUAGUAAAUUAUUCUAUUCUGUUCCUCCGCUAAUCCACUCUCCAAGGUUUUAAUCUUUCAGAUUUUAGCUGCUCAUCGCUGGAUCCUUUCGUCGUCGUCCAUGUGGUUCCUGUCCUUCUGGACCCCUUGUUUUUCACACUGCUUGUUGGAUCUCCUCCGCCUGUAAUCCUCCACCUUCAGCACCACCAGUCAGGUGGAGGAAGAUAAGAGAACCCAGUUGACAAAAAAACAGAGCUUUGUGUUGAUGGAAGGAGGAUCAGGAAUAGAGCAGAGGACCUGCUGAUCUACUGGUUCUAGUAGAUUUUAUAAAUGGUUGGAUCUCCUCCGCCUGGAAUCCUCCGCCUUCAGCACCACCAGUCAGGUGGAGGAAGAUAAGAGAACCCAGUUGAAAUAAAAAGUAAGAACAUUUCUAUGUACACAGCAUAACUAAUCAUUUCAAAUAUAGUUGCAGAGAGCUGAGCUGAAAGUUAGAAGCUGUCUGCUGUUCAUGCAUAUUUUCCUCCUUAACUUUAUCUUCUCUCUUUAUUUCAUUUCUCUGUGAACUCAUGUGAUGACUGGAGUUGACCAACAAUUAAAUCAGAAGAAGACCUGCUCCACCUGCUGAUCUACUGGUUGUAACAGCUUGUGGGAAAGCAUCACUGGACCAAUCAGGCGAGAGAAGACAGAGAGGACUGAGGACUAAAACAAAAAUACUCUGCCUGCCAAAAAAGGCAGACGAUCCAGUGGCCCCAGGUUUACACACCAUCUGCUGGUUUGAGGCAGACCGACCGCUGGGGAGAUGGACCUCACCUGGCACCAUUACUCUGGAUGUAACAGGUAGCUCGACUCUCCUGUCAAUCAAAACAUCAAUGACUCGAGAAGCGGACAGCGAGGUUUCUGGUGCCUGGCUGGAGACAAGAUUCUGAUUAUUCAAGAGCCAAAACAAAACGUCAGAAUAAAUAGUUAGAAGGCAGAUUUGUUUUCUAUUUGUCGUUGUUUUCAUUAUUAAUGCUCCAUAACACAAAAUUCAUCAGUGCUGUAACUCUUGAGUUGAAUAAAAUGUUCUUCUUUCAAUCAGUUAUUUCUGGAGUCUUUUUAUUUGAACCAUAAUCAUUUUUGGAAACGUUACAUAUUAAAGGAACGCCCACAUUUUUAAUAGAACUUCAUAACUGAUCAAAGCACAAACUGGAGAACAGGUUUAAAAGAAAUGUUUUUUUAGUGUGAAUUCAUUUGUAGUUACAUAAAUACACAAUUCACAUCUUAAAAACAAACACAAGCCAGUCACACUGAAGAAGUUUCCUGAUGUUGACCUUCGACCCUUAGCUUCAACUGAUUCACUGAAAGGUUGGGUAGAAAUGUUACCCAGAGAACGCUCUUUUUCCUCAUGGACUCAUAACCAAUGAAACAAACUGGAAGAACUGGAAGCUGAACCAGUUGGUGGAUCAAGUCGGUCCACUCCAAGUAGCCAACACCGAUGGCCUUUGAAGCUUCACAGCUCUGACUCUGACUUAUGAAAACCUUUCCUCCAGUUUGAGUCGAGACUGUGGAAGGUUGUUUUUUUUUUACGGCCUGCUGCUUCUUCAGUUGCUGUGAACCAGAGUGACAAACAGGAGGAGUGAGCAGAGAGAGACGGCGCCAGUCAGGACGGCUUUCACCAGCAACACCGUCCAGCUGCCCGGCAUGAAGACAUGAGACGGACAUUACAGGCAAAAUAAUCUAUUACAAUAAGAGUUUGGCUGAAAUAUUUUUGCAACGACUGAGAAAUAUGAAAAAAAAACACCCGAAAAAAACAAAACAUAAAAUGAUUAAGUCUGGUUCUUUGUUGACCGCUACACAGUGGUCAACAAAGAACCAAGACAGAAGCUACAAACCUUUAAGUCACCAUGCCGAGUUAUGAAACAAA